AUCAGCCUCCCCAUCAUCAUCCAACAGCACAGGUGGCGACGAACAAACUGUGGCUGACGCAGAGCCCAUUGAUAUCCGUUCCCAUUCCCUCCUAUUAGUCCUUCCUCGCUCCGCUUCCCCAUCAUGGCCUUCGUCGACAGCCCCACCUCGCCUGGCUCAAGGCGCCUCACGAACAGGAACACGAACCGCUACUCCGUCAACCACCUCUUCAGCAUGGUCACCGAGCAGGAUGUCGAGGUGGAGGACGACUUGGCUCGAGCCCAGAAGAGGCUCAGAGACCUCAAGAGCAAGAUUUCCGCACAAUCUAAGAAGAACUUCGUUCUCGAGAGGGAUGUCCGAUACCUCGACUCUCGGAUAGCCCUGUUGAUCCAGAACCGUAUGGCUGCUGACGAGCAACGCGAAGUCGAGCGCACCCUCGAAGAAGUCGACCCAACCGAGGGCCACUACCCCGACAGCCGCAAACUGCAACAAUACUCCAACCUCUUCUUCCUCCUCCAGUCCGAGCCGCGGCACAUCGCCGCCCUCUGUCGCCUCGUCAGCCUUUCCGAGAUCGACACACUCCUGCAGACGGUCAUGUUCACGCUCUACGGGAACCAGUACGAGAGCCGCGAGGAGCACCUCCUGCUCACCAUGUUCCAGUCCGUGCUCUCGGCGCAGUUCGAGACCGCGACCGAGUUCGGCUCGCUCCUGCGCGCGAACACGCCGGUGUCGCGCAUGAUGACGACCUACACCCGCCGCGGGCCCGGCCAGAGCUACCUCAAGAGCGUCCUCGCGGAGCGCAUCAACAGCCUCAUCGAGCACAAGGACCUCAAUCUCGAGAUCAACCCCGUGAAGGUGUACGAGCAGAUGAUCAACCAGAUAGAAGAGGAAACGGGCUCGUUGCCGCCGAAUCUCCCCCGGGGCGUGCCCCCCGAGGUCGCCGCCGAGAACGCCGACGUGCAGGCCAUCAUCGCGCCUCGGCUGACGAUGCUCAUGGAGAUCGCGAACAGCUUCCUCGUGACGAUCAUCGAGAGCAUGGAGAGCGUGCCGUACGGAAUUCGGUGGAUAUGUAAGCAGAUCAGGAGUCUGACGCGUCGGAAGUACCCCGAGGCGACGGAUUAUGCUAUAUGCUCGCUUAUUGGCGGUUUCUUCUUCCUUCGGUUCAUCAACCCUGCCAUCGUCACCCCGCAAGCUUAUAUGCUCGUGGAGGGUGUACCCGCCAAGCAUCCUCGGCGGACUCUUACUUUGAUCGCCAAGAUGUUGCAAAAUUUGGCCAAUAAGCCUUCAUACGCUAAGGAAGCUUACAUGGCUACGCUCAAUCCCUUUGUGGAUAAUAACAAGGCUCGCAUCAACCAAUUUUUGAAUAACCUUUGUGAAGUUGGAGAUUUCUACGAAACACUGGAGAUGGACCAGUAUAUGGCGCUAUCCAAAAAGGACCUCACGAUACAUAUCACCAUGAACGAGUUGUAUAACACGCAUUCCCUGAUUUUGCAGCAUAUUGAGACGCUCUCACCCAACGACAAGCAACACCUACGCAUCCUCACUGACGAACUUGGCCCCGCGCCUCCACAAGUCCCCCGCAAAGAGAACCGGACGGUUGAACUGAACCUGUACAGCCGGUGGGAGACGCCGGUGCAAGACAUCCAAAGCGCCUUCAUGGACAGCAUCUCGCCCGGCGACCUGUUGUAUAUGGAGACGAAAGCGAUUCUCGUGCAGCUCAUCCGGUCGAUACCGCACGCCGCGGAGAAGCGGCCGUUCGACUUCACGGCGCUGGCGGAGCGGGCUGCGACGACCAAGGACGCGAUGCUGGUGAAGAAGGGGAUCAAGGUGAAGGAGAUGCUGCGCGAGCUGGAGGAGCAGAAGGUGAUGGACACGGCGGAGGGGUACAAGCUGAUGCAGGAGGAGGUGGCGGCGGAGCUUGCGCACCUGGGCAAUCUGCGGGAGAAGGUGGUGUUGGAGACGAAGUCGCUCGAGGCGGUGUAUAAGACGAUCUGCGACCACAACAACUAUCUAAGGGCGCAGCUGGAGCAGUACAAGGCGUAUCUGCAGAACGUGCGGUUGACGGCGUCGAAGGAUAAAGGCGGGACGACGGGCGUGGGUGUUGUUACGGUUGGCGGGAAGGAGCGCAAGUCGAGCAAGUCGGUUGUGUUGGGGCCGUAUCGGUUCACGCAUGCGCAGCUGGAGAAGGAGGGGAUUAUUGUUGAGAGUAAUGUUCCAGAUAACCGACGUCCGAAUAUUUAUUUCAACAUCAUGUCUCCGACGCCGGGCACGUUUAUCAUAUCGCUGCACUACAAGGGGCGGGAAAAGGCUAUUCUGGAGAUGGAUCUCAAAAUUGAUGAUCUCCUCGAGAAGCAAAAGGACAACAAGCACCUCUUGGACCUGGAGUAUGUCCAGCUCAACGUGCCCAAGGUGCUCGCGCUCCUCAAAAAGGUGUUCGCGAAGCGGUGAUCGCUCGCUCGCUACGCCUUCCUGCACGUCAGCGACACGACGACCCCCUCCGCACUUGCACGCAUCCAUUAUCGUUAUAUGCAUCGCUUCUCUUUCCCGAGUUUUUCCCUGGUGUUUCCCCUGUGCAUGAUGACCUCCACUGUUACACUCGCUGAAGCUCGCGAUUCUUCUGUUUCUAUUCCUCAUUCGGUGAUACCACUCCACGAUUUUAUCCUUGCGCGUUUAUCGCGCAGACGGACUUACUAUCCCGUCGUCCACUCACUCGUUUAUAGGCUGGAUUUAUUAUUUUCUCCUACGUUUUCUCUUCGUGUUUCUUAUAUGUUCUACUUCUUCUGUUACUGUGUUCACCUUCUUUUGUACAGGCGUUACAUUUUUCUUUGGUUCGGCUUUUUCACCCCUCUGACUACAUGUUUUUUCUCCUCCCCUGGAUGUAUUAUUCCUCCCUCCCUUCCUCGCCCUCGCCCUCGAUCAUCGAUGUAGUUAUGCUUGUGUCAACUGAAAGCCACCUCGGUCGGUAUAGUCUGUUCAUUUUCUUUAUUGAUCAGUUGUUCCGCUACGUAUGUCUAUAUAGAGUCGAAUCGAUUUCUUU